AGCAUUUCUGAGCCUGACAGAUGCAUUGACUACCUGAUGGCAGCUUUCAACCUCACCCCCUCUGAUCCUUCAACAUUCAUCUUAAUGGGCAUCCCUGGCCUAGAAGCUGCCCACAUCUGGAUAUCCAUCCCUUUCUCUAUCGUCUACAUGAUGGGCCUGUUGGGAAAUUUCACGGUUCUGUUUGUUGUAGGCAAAGAGGAGACCCUGCACAAGCCGAUGUACCUGCUGCUCUGCAUGCUGGCACUCACAGACAUCAGCACGUCGACCUCCAUCAUGCCGAAAGCACUCUUUAUAUUUUGGUUCGAUUUCAAAGGCAUUACUGUGGGUGGCUGCCUCACCCAGAUGUUCUUCAUUCACACAAUUUCUAUUAUGCACUCAGCCGUCCUCGUGACAAUGGCCUUCGAUCGCUACAUCGCCAUAUGUAACCCUCUGAGAUACACCAUCAUCGUCACCAAUGUACGAAUAGCUAAGUUAGGGCUCCUGGCUUUAUUAAGAGCUGUUCUCUUCGUUCUGCCCCUGCCCUUUAUCUUGAGCAGGCUGCCAUUCUGUGGCAACCACAUUAUCCCCUAUACAUACUGCGAGCACAUAGCUGUGGCAAAGAUGUCGUGUGGGGACAUCACAGUGAACAGGAUGUACGGCUUGGUGAUAGCAUUUGUAGUUAUCGGGUUAGACCUGACUCUCAUUGCCCUGUCCUAUGGUCUGAUCAUCAGGGCCAUCCUCAGAAUCUCCUCCAAGAAAGCCCACCAGAAAGCCCUCAGCACCUGCACAUCCCACCUCUGUGUGUUGAUGAUGGCUUAUCCUCCUGGCCUCUUCUCCAAUCUGACACAGCGGUUUGGUCAGGACAUUGCUCCCCAUGUUCACAUCAUCUUGUCAAACCUCUAUUUCCUCAUCCCCCCCAUGCUCAACCCUAUCAUUUAUGGGGUCAAAACCAAAGAGCUUCAUGACAAAGUGGGAAAAUACAUCUGCAGAAGGUGA